AUGGCUGCCUUGGUAUUCUCCGGCACCUUGGAGCCAUCUGACCCAUUUGACAGUGCUGUUCUGAUCAUUGGACAGCUCAGGCAUCUGGCAAAGCUGAAGUUUGAUGAAGUUCAGUUGAAGUUUGGAGGGAAAGUUGAUGCAGAAACAUUUGCUACCUGCAUAAACAGUCUGCACCCGUCGCCAACGGACCAGUGCUCCCUGUGGUUGAAUGGUGCCACUGUGGCUGCCCUGCCCGUCAAGUGCAGCCGCCACAACACACCCUCAAGGUGUCACUCGCUGACCAAGCUGGUGAAGAGUUGUCUGGCCGGUGGGCAGGAGUAUGUGGUGAUUGUGUGUGAGCGGGAGAAUGUUUUCGCAUCAGGCUUGGCAGUCGCAAGGGCUCUACCUCUCUACUCAGCUAAAUCUGGCAGCCACAACAUUGCUCGCAAGGUAACUGUGGAGUUCAUUGUCGUGGAUGAGGACAAGAGAGUUUCCCUAACCCCAGAGGACCUGGAAUGCUUGAAGGUAGCCGCGGAUGGCGUCCGGCUGGCAGCCAAGAUUGUGGACAUGCCCUGUAGUGAGAUGAACGUGGACAACUUUCUACAGGAAAUCCAAGAAGUGGGAUCUGAUCUGAACAUCACUCCCAAAAUUAUCUCUGGUGAGGAGUUGGCAGAGAAAGGAUUUGGAGGAAUCUAUGGAGUCGGGAAGGCUGCCACAGUUCCGCCUGCCCUAGCCGUGCUGAGUCACAUUGUGCCGAACUCUACAGAAACCAUAGCCUGGGUCGGCAAAGGGAUCGUCUUCGACACUGGUGGUCUGUGUAUCAAGACGAAGGCUGGAAUGUGUGGUAUGAAACGAGAUUGUGGGGGAGCGGCUGCUGUCCUCGGAGCAUUCAGAACAGCUGUGAAGCUGGGCUUCAGUGAGACACUGCACGCAGUCUUCUGCCUGGCUGACAACGCCGUGGGGCCCCUGGCCCAGAGGCCUGACGACAUCGUGCACAUGUACUCUGGCCGAACCGUGGAGAUCAACAACACGGACGCCGAGGGCCGGCUGGUGCUCGGAGAUGGGGUAUCUUAUGCGGUCAAGGACUUGCAUAGUGACAUCAUAGUGGACAUUGCCACACUGACCGGAGCACAGGGGAUAGCCACAGGCAAAUACCAUGCCAGCAUUCUGACCAACAAUGAGAAGCUGGAGGAGCUGUGUGUCAAGGUUGGCCGAUCUUCUGGUGACCUGGUACACCCGGUACCUUUCACCCCUGAACUUCACUCGCAGGAGUUUUCCAGCGCCAUUGCUGAUAUGAAGAACUCUGUAGCUGACCGAAGCAACGCACAGGUGUCAUGUGCAGGACUCUUCAUCAUGUCUCACUUAGGACAGGACUACAAUGGUGCCUGGCUACAUAUAGACAUUGCCUCCCCAUCCUACUCAGGAGAGAGAGCUACUGGCUACGGUGUGGGCCUGCUGGCAUCCUUGUUCGGAGACAGAUCCCUAAACCCUUUGCUACGAUUGGUCGGCCCAACUGGCGCAGUCAACAACGGGGUGGCUAUGGACGAGGAUGUUGAGGAUGGUCCCAAACGGAUGAAACUCAUCUAG